AUGUCGAAGGGAACUGCACAUCUUAUAAUUCCAGUGUCGGACCAUUACACUGGCCGUGUCACAUGGCGCGGGGGUAGUUACUACUACCCGAAGAUUAAGGCUAAAUUUGAAGAAUUUAACCUAUUGCCCAGGGUGAGGGAAUCCCCUUUCAGAAAUUUUUUGGAGAGAGCGCCCAUACAAUUUUCUGGAGCAUUUUUUCAUCAGUUGAUGCUUCACAAAAUAAAAUCUGACAAGCCGGACGAGGUGCAUUUCUAUGUGGGAAGGAAGAGAUGUAGAUUUGGGAGGGUGGAGUUCGGCUUGGUCACCGGGUUAAACUUGUUGCCCGGCCCUACUGAGGAAGACAUCAAACAAAAUGGAAGCUCUGACCGGUUGAUUCAGGAAUAUUUCAACGGUAGUGCUUCGAUCACCUUCGGCCAACUGCGCAGAGUUUUUGAGAGCUGCACAGAAGCUGAUGAUGUCUACAAGUUGGGGAUGGCCUUGUUUGUUAUGGGCGUCCUCACUGGUAAGGAGGAGAAGACUGCCGUUCCUCCUUUUGUGAUAAGAAUGGUUGAUAACCUUCCAUUCUUCUACGAGUACCCCUGGGAAAAGAUUUCUUACACCAAGCUGAUGGAAAGUUGUAACAAGGAUUACUUGGAUGUGAAGAAUAAGAUGUUGAAAAAGAUUGAGAAGGGAGUAACUCAGAAGGAGGCAAAAUACUCAGCCUACGGCUAUGCUGCAGCGUUGCAGUAUUGGGCAUACGAGGCCAUAUUACAGCUGGGCAACGAGUAUGCAGUGAGGAGGUCGCAUGGCUUUCCGAGAAUGGUCAACUGGGAGAGUAAGCCGAACACUACACUCGGGAAGGAUGAAGUGACCCGAUUAUUUGCUAAAAAUUUGACAGUGUACUCCGUGUUAUGUCCUCGGCCGAACGAGAUUGAGUUUGUGAGUUACAUAACCGGCGGUCAGCCUCCGUUAUUUGUUGACUUGGAGGAACUUGUGUUGGGUGAGGAUGGGCAACCAACACAGGAUGCUUUGCGAAGCCAGGCCGAAAAGCUUGCCUCCACAUUGGAAGAACGAGCGGAGGCAGCCCGAAUAUUUAAAGACUCUACACCACCUCCACCGUCUCCUCCACGUGCACCGCCUGCAGUUCCAGAUGGGUCUGGUGUUGACCCAUCUCCAGCUUCAGUUCCUGAUGGGUCUGCUUCAGUUCCUGAUGGGUCUGGUGUUGACCCACUUGCAGCGUCACAGGGUCCUCCUGUUCCCCCGGCAGCUUCCAUUCCCAGCACCUCGGAGGCUCGGGAUCCAGUAUACCCUGCCAUUUUGGCAAGGUUGGAGACUGUGGAGAGGGGGCAGGCCGCUCUGCUAAGAGGACAAACAGCGAUUAUGGAUCAGUUGAAGACCAUAAUGACGCUCCUGCAAGAUCCUGGAAGACCGGCAGCAGAUUCACAGCCACAGCCACAGCCACAGCCACAACCGGAAAAGGAGGCUCGAACACCGGAAGAUGACUUCAUUCUCCCAAAUGAUUACCAACCAGAUGAUGAUGACAUGUUCUGUACACCUGAGAAGACGAAUAUCACCAGCAUCGGGGAUACUCAGGAUUCUGAGGUGCAGGUGUUAGAGACAGCUCCAGAAGUCAUGGAGAACCGGAGGAAGAGAAGGCGGCCUAGGUGGUUCGCUGAGUACACUGAAAUGAAGAAGAAGGCUAGGGCUACUUCGACACUCGUGAAUGCGGACCCACUUAGAGUGGUUGAUCGGAAGCUGCUCAAGACUUUUCACAAUUGGGUACUCGGCCAGAUUGGGAACAAUUACCCGAGAGAGUGCUUCACCGGUCGAUACCAUUCGUCUUGGUUCCUCGAACUGCAUACUCCGAAAUUUUGGCUUGGGAACGAUCAUUUGGAUGCGGCAUUCCAUUUGAUGAGGAGGCGGCAACACUUUUAUCCCGAGUCCUACCCGAAUAGAUGUGUCAUAAUGCCGUGUAUUUUCCCAGCAGGAGUUAUUGCUCGGUGGAAAGCUGCGGGUGAUGACCAGGCUAACUAUCAGUGGGACGAGAGCAUAUUAGAUUUGAUUCGAGGGGAUGAAAGUCAAUUCUUGGCCAAUUGGAAGAACAAGGAGAGAAUAUAUAUGGCCCUCUACUUCGAUGGAGCAAAGCAUUGGGUGGCAUUAGAGAUAGAUCUGGAUCAUUGGUUGUUGAACAUAUUUGACUCCAGCCUCGGAUCGAUUUCCCCGAACGAAUUGAACCGUCACCUGGCAAUGUGGGAAAAAUUACUACCAAAUUUGCUGCUGCAGGCUGGCCUAUUCGAGAGUCAUGACAUGAUCCUGUUGCCUCAACUUACCGCCUCAGAGAGCCAGGUCAGAAAUUUCACUUCAAAAGUCAUGGAUCGGGCCGUUGUUCCACAGACAAAGACAAGCGGUAACUGCGGGAUGUACGUGAUAGAGCACAUCGAGCAUAGUAUGUUGGAGACUACGUUUGAUAAUGUGCACGAUGAGAAUAUGAAGAAAUUUAGAGAGCGGUGGUGUGUAGAUUUGUUUUACCAGAAUUUAGCAUGAACAAAUAUUUUUUUUAUUGGUAUGUUUAUGUUUUUUCAAGAGUUCAUACAAAUUUUACGCCUUUCUUUCGUGCAACAAAUUAUAAUAAUUAUGUAAACAUAAAAUAUCACAAAUUCUAAUGUUUAAAAUAGUCCAACAUUAAUUCAAUAACAA